UUUGACAUCACACUUGCUCAACCAUUUGAUAGCAAUAAUGAGAGUUCAACAAACCAUGCCGCACUCGUUCCUGCCAAACUAUCGGCUUUUUUGAUACCACUAAUUGAGGAGAGUCAUUUUUGUUCUACUUUGAAUGCAAACCUAAAAGGCAACAUCAUUGCUCCUUCUGCUCUGUGUAGUGCCUAUCGAUCAGUUCAUUUCCCUCACAAGAUUUGCACCUUCUCCAUUUCUUCAGAUUUAUUCAAAUCAUUUGCAGAACAUCUUGUCGUGUAUGCCAGGUAA